AAGUGGAACAAGGUGCCCAACUCACAGUUAAUCAGCAAAUGAUCUUAUUUAAGAAGGUGUCGCUCAGGUGAUGCCUACAGCGCUAAUGAGCCGGUGUUGCCAUGUUGCUGCUCUUUCCUGCACUUUUCUGCUGUGUUAAUCUGAAGCAUGGCUACUGCGCUCCGUCACCAGCCAAAGAUAAAGACAUCCUCAUCAAAGCACUCGCGUACACUGAGAACAACCCGGAAACGCUAGCAGGCUUGAUCGACGAUGCGGUGGCGGAGGGGGACAUGCUUCUGCAAAGUAACCGCAACGCAGCAGACAGACAGUGGCCUUCCACAAAGAUCCCCUACAAGAUAGACUCAAAUUUGGGCUUCCGCACCAACGACAUCGAGGCGGCGCUGAACAUGAUCAAUUUCCACACCUGCUUGUCCUUCCACAAGCGGACCUCUGAAGUGGACUACCUCAACUUCAAAGAUGGCUUCGGGUGUGCGUCUUACGUGGGCUUCAUGGGCGGCAGGCAGGAUGUGCAUGUGGGAAAAACCUGCAGGAUAGGUAACAUCGUCCACGAGGUCCUCCAUGCGCUGGGGUUCUACCACGAGCACACAAGGAUGGACCGUGGGAAAUACAUCACCAUCGUGUCCGCCAACAUCCUGCCAGGGCAUCAUAAAAACUUCCGGAAGCAAAUUGGGGAAACGUUCCAGCUUGCGUACGACCUGUCCUCCAUCAUGCACUACGGCAGGACUUUCUUCUCAGCAAAUGGACGGCCCACCAUCGUGGCCAAAGUCAAGGCCAAUAACAUGGGUCAGCGCGUCGGCAUGACAGCCACAGACGUCCGAAGGGUUCGUCUGCUCUACAAAUGUGACCAAACGGGUGGAGUGGUGGAACCCCAGUGGCUGGAACCCGCAGGCACCUCAGCAGCACUCAUUAAUGUGCACCUGAAUGAUGUCAUCAACCUCCGCAGCAAUACCACCCGGUCCCUGCUGGUCGGUGCCCGAAACACCAGCUGACCAGUCUUGAAAUAAAAUCUUUUCCAUCCCUA